UUAGGCCUCAUAGUUGGGGGGCGGGGGCGCUCUUCCUGCUUCGACCUGAAACCUAUCCCCUGUAGGCGCCUCUCUAUCACCACCACGCCGCUUCACCUGUCGCUCAUCCCGCGCGUCUUUCAUCCCGCCCGAGGCCCCCGGUGCAGCCCUGUUCUCCGCUGGUGCCUGGACGUCCAGACAGAGCACAGACUGGGAGGAAGAGGGAGGGGGCUGGAUUUACUUCACCUGAGGCAGAAGAAAAGGAAGGAUUUACAUUUGUCUCUAUUUUGUCCCUCAGAGGCCCCGUGUUUCCGGCUCCGCUUUAGCGUGCAGGACUGGGGACAGGAAGUCGCUUCUCUUCUGUUUUGAGACGCGAUACAUGGACAUGCCGAGCUGAAGAUGGGGUCGGUAACAUCGUACUUUGGCCCCUUGUGUGGGGAAGAGCAAAAGAUCGAGGAGGAGAGGCGCUUUCGAGGGAAUGACCGACCUUUCAACCUGUCUUACCACUAUGCCGACAACGCCAUCACUACCUCCAAAUACAGUCUAUUCACCUUCCUGCCACUGAACCUCUUCGAGCAGUUCCGGAGGCUCGCCAACGCCUACUUCCUGUCCCUCAUGCUCCUCCAGCUAAUCCCGCAAGUCUCCUCCCUGUCCUGGUUCACCACGGCCGUCCCUCUCAUCCUGGUGCUGUCCAUAACGGCAGUGAAAGACGCCAGCGAUGACAUAAACAGGCACAGAAGUGACAAGCAGGUGAAUAACCGCAUGGUGAACGUCCUCAUUGAUGGAGAACUGAGGAGUGAGAAGUGGAUGAAUGUUCAGGUCGGAGACAUAAUCAAGCUGGAGAACAAUCAGUUUGUCACAGCGGACCUCCUGCUGCUGUCCAGCAGUGAGCCUCUCAACCUGGUCUACGUGGAAACGGCUGAGUUGGACGGGGAAACCAAUCUGAAGGUGAAACAGGCCCUGACUGUCACCGGAGAGAUGGGGGACCACAUCCACGCACUGGCUGCCUUCAAGGGUGAAGUGCGGUGCGAGCCUCCCAACAACCGCUUGGACAAGUUCAGAGGAACCCUCUCCCUGGACGGACAAACCUACUCUUUGGACAACGACAAGGUGCUGCUCAGGGGGUGCACUGUGAGGAACACCGACUGGUGCUUCGGUGUUGUCAUCUUUGGAGGUCCCGACACCAAGCUGAUGCAGAACAGUGGAAAGACGACAUUCAAACGGACCAGCAUUGAUCACCUGAUGAACGUCCUGGUGUUGUGUAUCUUUGGCUUUCUGGCGUUUAUGUGCAGCGUUCUGGCCAUCGGCAACGGAAUCUGGGAGGUGAAGGAGGGCUCGGUGUUCACAAUCUUCCUCCCCCUUGAGCAAGGGGUCAACGCCGCCCUCUCUUCCUUUCUCUCCUUCUGGUCCUACGUCAUCGUCCUCAACACCAUGGUGCCCAUUUCCCUUUACGUCAGUGUGGAGAUCAUCCGUCUGGGGAACAGCUUCUACAUAGACUGGGACAGGAAGAUGUAUUACCCCAAGAACGACACGCCUGCCCAGGCGAGGACCACCACGCUCAACGAGGAGCUGGGCCAGAUCAAAUACAUCUUCAGCGACAAGACGGGCACCCUGACGCAGAACAUCAUGACUUUCAACAAGUGCUCCAUCAAUGGCAAAGCUUACGGGGAGCUGUUUGACUUCUCCGGACAAAGAGUGGAAAUAACAGAGAAAACCGAGAAGGUGGACUUCUCCUGGAACAAGCUGGCCGAUCCAAAGUUCUCGUUUCACGACCACAGUUUGGAGGAGACGGUGAGAGAGGGAAACCCGGAGGCCCAGACCUUCUUCCGCCUGCUGGCUCUGUGCCACACAGUCAUGCCCGAGGAAAAGAAGGAGGGCGAGCUCUACUAUCAGGCCCAGUCUCCUGACGAGGGCGCUCUGGUGACCGCAGCCAGGAACUUUGGCUUUGUGUUCCGCUCGCGCACACCGGAGAGCAUCACGGCCAUGGAGAUGGGCAGAAAGGUCGUCUAUGAACUACUGGCCGUCCUUGACUUCAAUAAUGUACGCAAGAGGAUGUCGGUCAUAGUGCGUAGCCCCGAGGGCAAGCUGACCCUGUUCUGCAAAGGAGCAGACACCAUCAUCUAUGAAAGGCUGCACCCGUCCUGCAACAAACUCAAGGAAGUGACCACCACCCACCUCAACGAGUACGCGGGAGACGGCCUGCGCACGCUGGUCCUGGCCUACAAGGACCUGGAUGAGGGCUACAUGGAUGAGUGGAAACUGCGCCACCAUGAGGCCAGCACCGCUAUGGAGGGGCGAGAGGAGAGGCUGGAUGAGCUUUAUGAGGAGAUAGAGAAAGACCUGAUGCUGUUGGGAGCGACAGCUGUGGAGGACAAGCUGCAGGACGGCGUGCCACAGACCAUUGAACAGCUGGCCAAAGCUGACAUCAAGAUCUGGGUGUUAACUGGGGAUAAACAGGAGACGGCGGAGAACAUCGGCUAUUCCUGCAACAUGCUGAGAGAGGAGAUGAAGGAGAUCUUUGUUGUGGCUGCCAACACGGCCGAAGGAGUCAAAGAAGAGCUACAGAAGGCCAGGAGGACAAUGUGUCCCCAAGCAGAGGAGGAGCCCACUCUGAUCAAGGCUCGAGCCGGCCUGUUCUGGCUCCAGAAGACGGAGAGAGUGGAGGACGAGAAGGUUGAUGGAGACUACGGCCUAAUUAUAAAUGGCCACAGUCUGGCCUUUGGACUGGAGAAGGACUUGCAGCUGGAGCUGCUGAGGACUGCCUGCAUGUGUCAGACCGUGAUCUGCUGCCGCGUCACCCCUCUGCAGAAGGCCCAGGUGGUUCAGCUGGUCAAGAAAUACAAGCAGGCCGUCACUCUGGCCAUCGGCGACGGCGCCAACGACGUCAGCAUGAUCAAGGCUGCUCAUAUCGGCGUUGGUAUCAGCGGUCAGGAGGGCAUGCAGGCGGUCCUCUCCAGCGACUUCUCCUUCGCACAGUUCCGAUACCUUCAGCGCCUCCUGCUGGUUCACGGCCGCUGGUCCUACCUGCGCAUGUGCAAGUUCCUGGGAUAUUUCUUUUACAAGAACUUCACCUUCACCUUUGUGCAUUUCUGGUACGCCUUCUUCUGUGGCUUCUCUGCUCAGACCGUGUAUGACGAGUGGUUCAUCACCUUGUACAACAUGGUUUACACAGCACUUCCUGUCCUCGGCAUGAGCCUCUUUGACCAGGAUGUCAACGACCGCUGGAGUUUUCAGUACCCUCAGCUGUACGCUCCGGGCCAGCUCAACCUGUACUUCAGCAAGAAAGCCUUUGUCCGCUGCAUGAUGCACAGCUGCUACAGCUCCCUCAUCCUCUUCUUCAUCCCGUGGGCCGCCAUGCAGGACACGGUCCGGGACGACGGCAAAGACAUCGCCGACUACCAGUCCUUCGCCCUGCUGGCGCAGACCUGUCUUCUCAUCGUGAUGAACAUACAGUUGUGUCUGGACACCAACUACUGGACGGCAGUGAACCACUUCUUUGUGUGGGGCAGCCUGGCCGCUUACUUUGCCAUCACGUUAACCAUGUACAGCAACGGCAUGUUCCUCAUCUUCACCUCCUCCUUCCCCUUCGUCGGCACGGCGAGGAACUCCCUGAACCAGCCCAACGUCUGGCUCACCAUCUUCCUGACGUCGCUCCUGUGUAUUCUGCCCGUGGUGGCUUUCCGCUUCGUUCUCAUUCAGCUUCGGCCCACCGUCAACGACAAGGUGAGACAUACGGUGCGGAAGGAGGCGCUGCCGGCGCCGGCUCCUCGCCGCCCGCCCGCCCGGCGCAUCAGCACGCGGCGCUCCGGCUACGCCUUCUCGCACGCGCAGGGCUUCGGGGACCUGGUGACGUCUCGGAGGUUCCUGCUGAAGAUGCCGCUGAGGAGCCGACCGGUGGUGUUCACGCAGACGGACUCUGCCCUGGCUCAGAGUCAGCCGCAGCACUACCGCACCCUCGCGGAGGAGCCGCGGAGCCCCCAGGCCGCCGCGGGGCCACAGUGAGGGCCAAUCGUUUUACAUCGGUUUACUGGCAAAUCCUAGUCUGACAUCCGCCCACGUUUGUUUUUAACUAAUGGAGGGAUACCCCUGUGAUGAUGUCCAAGUUGAAAGCACACACGACCGUAAAAGACCUCAUACACGACAAUCAACUCACUCGGAUGCUUUUCAAUUGCUUACAUAACACAUUCGAAAUUUCCAAUAACCGUUGGUUUUCCGGUGCGGUUAAUUUGCGGACAUUUGCUUACAGAGAAUGAGUCUCACCAAAGACAAACAGUUCAACAGCUGACUCACACAUUUCAGGCUUUAACACGACCUUGAACGAGAGUUAGUUUUACUGUCUCUACUAACAGGAAGGAUACUCAUCAUAGAGAUUGCUAUAAAGUGCACAUUAGUGGUAUUACCAGAAACAUAAGCAACCUGGAGGGGUCAGACUUCUGAUGAGCUUUAGGAAAUGGCCGGAAACAUUUGGUGCAGGCUAAAAGAUGAUCAAAUCAGACACGACAAGAAGAUACUCUGUCAUGACCGCGGAAAUUGUUGUCAUUUUAUAAGAAAGUGAGCUUUCAAUGAAUGUAAAAGGUUGCCACUGGUAUCACCACACUGCCUGCAACACAAUGUUGCAUUUUGUACCUUUUUUAAUUGUUUGUUUUUCUUCAAGUGAACUGUCAAUACGCAGGGUGCUUAAAAAACAACUAAAAUGAACCUAUUUUCAUGAUGUUGUUUUUAUGUAUGCAUGAAAAUUGACAUAAACAUUGUUUAUAAUUAUUCCUCUGCAUUAGGAAUAGGGUUGGGUAUCGUUUGAAUUUGAGCGAUUCCGAUUCCGAUUUCGAUUCCUGGUUUCGAUUCCGGUUCCCAGCGAUUCUCGAUUCCGAUUCUUUUAAGAGGCAGGGUCAAAAAAGUUUAAGUUUAAGAUAUUUUAAAUGAGCUAGCUAACCAAGGGUCUUUCUGAAGAAAAUAGUCUGACCUUCUCCAUCAAUAUUAAUUAUUUUUAUUAACUUUACUAUGAAUUUCUAACAGGGCUGUUUUCAACUACAAAAUAAAUAUCAAACUAUGAACUUGAAUAUUGUAUAAACAUUAUAAAUUAUGAAUAUAUUUUAACAGGGGUACACUUUCCUCCAGAGAGCUUUAUUUUUGAAACCUCACAAAAACGAACCCUUGGAAUCAGAGGAAGAGGCAGCGCGUCAAACACGGGGCACACGGAGGGGGGCACGCAACUCUCCCAACCUCAAAUCGGGGACACUUUCGCUGACGGGGGGCUGCUGGCGGUCGACGCGGGGAGGGCUAGCACAACCUUUUUUUUUCUUUGCAGCGCCAGCCUCACCGCUCAUUUUAACAGAUAGGACCGCUCCGCUCGGGCCACCCGGCACCCGCGCGCGCUGGUCUGAUGCGUCACAAAUUCACAACAAACGGGAGUUUUUUGCCGAGUUUUCGGUUUGUUUCGAGAAGUGUAACCACACUUAGGACCGCCGACGCACGCUAGACAUGUUCGAUCGCGCUGUUACGCCAACACUUCCGGUAGACGCUUUUCGUUGGUGUUCAGCGGUUUCUAUUUCCGGUCGCGCCGGCGGACUGAGAAUCGAAACUAGGAAUCGAAUUUUAAACUUUUGAACGAUACCGGGUAAAUCGCAAAGCUAGUUUCGAUUCCAAUCGAUUCUCGAUUCUCGAUACCCAACCCUAAUUAGGAAUAACAUUGUUUUUCCAAUAUUUUUGUCACCUAUGCAGAGAUGUGUAACUGAUUUUUAAAGAAGGGGGCCGGGGUAGGCUUGUCUCCAUAUGAGCGGUGCAAGGGCUUCCCUGCAGUAUCACUAUCACAAUAUCAAUUCAUAGUUGUAUACAUUCUGGGCCUUUAUGUGAGCCUUUAUCAUAUUUCAGUCAUGUGUUAGCUGGGUGGAAGAGACCUGCUCUUAGGCCUUCAGGACCAACAGUGCCUGUGGCUCAAAGUGAACUAAGAUGAACCUAUGAUGUUAACCAGUCAGAUAUGGAGGUUGCGAUCCCGGGCAUUCAGUAACGUUAGCAUGCGCACUUCUUUUGAUUGGAUACACACUCAUAAGAGGCGAGGCUUAGCAGAGCUCGCCAACUGAACCGGAUGACCCUGUGGCGACCUGAACGAGCAAAUUUGUGUAGAUCUACCAGCAAAAUAGAGUUUGGCUGAUGGGGUUUUAGAGAUAUUCUUGCAAAGAUAUUUUCAGCUUUAAUGUGAAGUUUAUAGAGCAAUGGUGUCAUCAUGAGUGUGUCAAGAGAAUUAAUUCAGGUAGUUGAGGACAUUAAUGAAGGCCUAGGUGGGAAAUGCACGGCCCGCCACUGAGCAUCAGCAUCAUGAAGGUACAGUGAUGGUUAAAGUCUCGUACAAGGGAAAAUGCAGCACAUAUUAUUCAUAAAAUCUCCUUUUUUUUCAGUCCAACCACAUAUUUUGCCAUUGUGUGUUCAUUGUGUACUGUAACUCUUUCCACACGGGAGAUCAUCUGCAAAUAAAAAACAUUACUUGAU